UUCGGAUGACAAUAAUUGAAACAGCUGCUUUGGUUUCAGCUGCAUGGUUUCAACAACCAUGUUGAAACGCAAGUUGGAAAAACAGAGAGCGAACCUGGAAUGCGAAGAAAACAAGAGAUUGGCCUUGCCAGGGGAUGGGCCAACAUCGGAACUGUUUCCUCAACCCCUGUGGCAGCAGUUCUUCAACAUCGAGGCAAAGCUCAAUGAUAAUUUGGAUCAAAUGAUUCACCCUCUUCCGCCAAAUGUUACGUGCAUUUACAAUCCAAUAGUCUAUGCGUCACAGCUGCAUUGCGACUAUUUGCGUCGUUAUUUAGAAGGACCCAAGAAGCUAAUCUUUGUGGGAAUGAAUCCUGGGCCGAAUGGAAUGUGCCAAACUGGCAUACCCUUUGGAAAUGUCCGCACUGUGAAAGUGUUAAUGCAGCUUAAUGAAAUGGUGAAUAAGCCUCCAAUAGAGCAUCCGAAACGUCCUGUCAUGGGCUUGGACUGUCUGACGGAAGAGCCAAGCGGUGUUCGCCUCUGGGAGCUAUUUUUACAAUUGGCCGGAAAUAUGGAAACGUUUUCACAGCAAUGCUUCGUUCAUAAUUUCUGUCCUCUAGCAUUCUUCGACGAAGCUGGAAAAAAUCUGACACCCAGUGAGCUUAAAGGGCCCUAUAAAAAGGAACUAGGGAAACACUGCUUAGAGGCCCUUGAGGAGGAACUGGUUUUGCUGAAGCCCAUGGUAGUUGUGGCAGUGGGAAACUAUGUGCGGGACAUUUUAAAAGGUUCUAAUUACUGCAAAUCGGCUUCUGUUUCCGUUCUCCUGCUGCCUCAUCCAAGUCCUCGAUCCGUGAAUAACGCCAACUGGCCAGAGAAGGCGAAGGCUUUCCUGGAGGAGCACAAUCUGCUUCCAUUCAUGAAAAAUGAGGCAUAAAAUCUUUUUUAAAAAUUUGUAGAUCUCAUAAUUGGAAAAGAAUUUGUUUCAAGGGCCAAUUUAGUAUUUGAAACUGAAUUUAGGUGACGAUAAAAAGUACAAAUAAUAUAACAUUCCAAAAAAUUAAAUAAUAAAUCAUUCAAAAUUUUAAAUGAGUA